AUGAAGGAGGAGAUCUCUGGUACUUUGGGUGUAGAGGUUGUGGCCUCACAUGAGAAGUAUCUUGGGUUAGCAACUUACGUAGGGCGCAAGAAAACUUCAACUUUUCAUUAUAUCAAGGAAAGGUUGGCUAAGAAAUUGUCUGCUUGGCAAGGGAAGCUGUUGAGUGGAGCAUGGAAAGACAUUUUGAUACGUGUAGUGGCCCAGGCACUUCCUACGUAUGCUAUGAGUGUCUUUCGGUUGACUAAGAUUUCUGUGAUGAUUUGGAACAAAUGUGUGCAAGAUUUUGGUGGGGUAGCACACUGGAUAAACAGAAGAUUCAUUGGAAAACUUGGAAUGAUGUUUUCAGACGAGGAAGCAGAGGCAAUUAUGGCUAUUCCUUUGAGUCAUAGAAAUGUGGUGGAUCGGUUGGUGUGGAAGUUAUCCCAGGAUGGGAAGUUCUCGGUAAAGACUGCUUAUCGCUAUGCUUUUGCUCAUUCUUCAAGUUUUUGUCCCUUGCCUUUGCCGGUUGGAAGUGCAUUCUGGAAGAAGGAGUGCCAGUUCACAAAAUUGGUAGUGCAAACAAAUGCUGUCCUUCAACAAGUAUGCUAUAAUCCUCAGAUAGAGCAUGGGGAUGUUCUUUCUUGGCUGACUAGGUGUGCCCAAGCUCUUUCUCUUACUCAGUUUGGUGAGCUUUUAUUCUUACUUUGGGGAGUAUGGAAGGAAAGAAAUGACAUGGUCUGGAACCAGAAGAGAAGGCAGGCAGGUGAUGUGUGUUUGGGGCUGAUAUCCCGUCUACAGGAGUUUCGGUUUCAUAACUCAAAGCCGUCGCGAAAUAGAAGUGCUAGUUUAAGGGCAGUUCGUUGGGUUGCCCCACCAGCGGGUUUUUUGAAAAUAAAUGUGGAUGGUGCUUUCCAUCAUCAAACUAGAGUAGGUGGAUUGGGUUUUGUGAUCAGGAAUGAAUGGGGCACUCUGUUGGCAGGGGGAGCUUGUCCUCUACGGGGGUUGAUUUCCCCUGAACAUGCGGAGGUGCUGGCGUGUCAACAUGCUUUAGAAUUCGCUCAAAACUAUGGAUUUGCUCCAGCAAUCUUGGAAACAGAUGCCAUGGAGGUGCAGCGUCAGCUCAUGGCCUGCAGCUCAACCAAUACUUCUGCACUAGGAAGGAUUUAUGAGGAUGUGGGAGUCCUUCUGGAUUUUCAGCCUGGUUUGCAGGUGUGUUAUGUUGGUCGUAGUGGAAAUAUGGUAGUACACCAGCUGGCUACCCGUGCUUGCGGUCUUGGAGAGGCUCAAUUUUAUUUUACUGCUCCUAAGUUUCUUAUAGCUGCUGUUAUAGCAGAUCUUUGUAUUGUGUAA